AAGAAGCAAACUAACAGACUCUGCAUCGCAAAUACAUGAAAUAUGACUUACUAGCUGAAUACGCCUCAAAAAUCGACGUCUCCGUGUAUUGCGUGCUUUAUUCAAAAAAUUAGACAACUCGCUGUCGUCUAUUAAAAAAGUAUAUACCCACAAAGUUAAUAAUAGUACAAUUCAAUAUUACCAUAACUAAAUGACUAUAUUUAUUUUCGGCGUUUUUCUCAAACGAUAGCGAAAUGUGUAGCAUUGUGUUUGAUGCAGAGGUGGUUGUUCCACCCAGUCACCUGAACGUGGCCUUUUUUGAGGAAGUGCUUGAGACAGCACUGCGAACCGCAAGAGUCCAAUUGCUGGCCAUACAUAUUCGAAUGGGCAGCAGCACUGGGGAAAACUAUUGCAGUCAAAUAUAUCGAGCGAAAGUAUCGUUCAAGCGUCCCGACCAUCCGGAGCAGCAGAUGGUGUUUAUUGUGAAGAGCAUUCCUCGUCAAGAUUCAGUGGAGUUUAUUGAGGAUCUAGAAGUGUACCUAAAGGAGAAGAUCACGUACACCGAAGUUCUUCCUCGACUAGAGCUGAUGAUGCAAUGCAAGCGGCGCUUUGGACCCAAGUAAGUGAAAAUUAGGAAAAUAAAAGGAUCGUUGUUUAGUGA